CCUCCUCCUCAACCUUCAGAAACCUCGACUAAAGACUCCAAUGGCGUUCUCCUUCUCUCGCAAACUUCUAUCUCGACGACGACUAAUCCAAAGAUCGUUUCUUUCGCUUCUAGAAGCUUCCUCUCUUCCGGAUCCCUCCACGUGCCCGUCAAAAUUCGUGCGGAGGCUUGAUUUCCCUACCGUUUCUAGGGUUUUCUUUUCGUCGAAUCCUUCGCACUCCAACGAAGUCCAAGGACCUGCAGCCAUAGAAUACAGCUCUAUUCUGCCAGAAGAAGAGUACCACAAGUUAGCGGAUGAAACAUUGCAUGAUCUGCAAGAGAAGUUUGAGGAGUAUGGUGAUGAGAUCCAACUCGAUGGGUUUGAUAUAGAUUUUGGGAAUCAUGUUUUAACACUAAAGCUUGGCAACAUGGGCACAUACGUUAUCAACAAGCAAACACCAAACCGACAAAUCUGGUUGUCUUCACCAGUGAGUGGGCCUUCUAGGUUUGAUUGGGACGUGACAAGUCAAGCUUGGGUUUACCGGCGAACCAAAGCAAAUUUAUUGCAACUUCUCGAAGAAGAGGUUACCCAACUCUGUGGCAAACCAGUUUCUCUUACCUGAAAGCAGACGACUUCAGGUUGGAUUUGUUGCCUAAACUGAGAGCUGCCAUUGUAACAAAUGCUGAGGGAAAAAAGGAUGAGUCUGUCAGAAAUUUUCGGACUCAAUCUGGAAAUCAAAUGUUUUGUUUAUGUAUCUUGCAACUUACGGUUUGUCAUAAGUUGAUGUCGGAAUUAUUUAAAUAUUGAAAUAAAGCCUUGGUUUUUUGGCUGA